AUGAAGGGGCGCGGGAACACGCCGCGGUCGGCCAUCAACGCAUACGAUGUGCGCUUGAAGCAGCUUUUCGUCGACUCCAAGCAAGCGACCAACCCUCUCUUUGGCAAGGAGCAGCGAGUGAAGGGCUGCUUGGCGCUCGCCGACGCGAUGACCAACGACGUUGGCCUCUACGGACCGCUUUUGCGCGCGCUCCUCGUCGAGCUUCGCAGCGCCGUCUUUAGCGAUGAGGCGACAGCCAGGCACUUUGCGGACGCCGGGAUGUUUGCCGACACGGGCACCGCCGCCGAGAUGCAGGCGCGCGCGUCGUUGCGUGAGAUCCCGUGCUUUGUGCUGCUCGACCUUGCUUGCCGCGAGCGCACGCGCGUCCAGGUGGCCGAGAAAGAGGUGGCGACGAGCGAAGCCCGGCUGCUGCAGCAGAAGCGGUCGCUCUUUGAGCGCGAGCGCGAGUACCGGUGCCAGCUCGACGACACAUUUGGCGAGCUCCUCGAGUACAAAUCCCAUGCGAGCAGCGUCCGGGAAGCGUACAAGAACCUCUCGGAAGAGUCGCGGCAGCACCAGCACGACAUGAAAGCGACGCUCUUUGCGAUGCAGCGGGAGCUGCACGCCAUGAGCACCGCGAUAGCCGGGUACCAAGCCGAGAUUCGCGACCUCCACGCGGUUCGUGAAAAGGCCGACGCGAUGCGGCAGCAGUUUGAUGCGAUCGACGAUACCACACAGCGGAACCAGCACGAGACCAUGGCGCCGGCCGUGCGCGAUCUCGACCAAGCUCUCCGCACCGAGCUCCAGCUACUGCUCUUGCGCAAUGCACGCAUCGCCGAGUACGACCACGCCGUGCGCUUUUGCAACGACGAGACGCAGCGCGUGCUCCGGCACGCGUUUCUUCACGACGUGCGUGGCAUCCUAGACGAGCUAGCAGCCUUGGAAGCACACAUUGCGCAAGCCAGCAACAACCUCUCCGGGGAAGCUCAUGCGCUCGAUCCAUCGCUCGCAGCCUUGCUCGUACCACCGCAGUUGGCCACCGACAGUGUGCUCUGGACGCCAUACCUCGCCUGUGCCCAGAAUCGCAUCCCCAAACAAGCGCAUCGGCUCAACGUCGGCGAACUCGAACGCUUCCUUGGCCUUGUCUGGGCGCGCAUUGCGCAGGCCGAGCGCGCGUGCGACAAGCUCCUCGCCGAGUACGAGAACUCGCACAAGCGCACGGCGCUGUUGGCGAUUGAAGCCGAGCCGACGCCGACACUGCCGCAAGUCGUCUUUGGCCUGCUCCUCGACCGGUACGGCGACGAGCGCGUCGCCAUGUUGGCGUGCUUUGCGCUUCUGCAGGCCGUCGACCAUUUUUCUCCCGAGAGUCCUCAGAUCGAACUGUUUGGGUGCGCGUUUGCUGGCACCGUCGACCAGUCGGCGUGGUGGUACCUCAUGCGGCUCCAGGCCCAGUGUGCCGCCGCCGAAGUCGAGAUUACCGACGACAAGGCGCUCCGUCUCGUGGGCCAGCACCUCUUGCGCCUCGAAGCGUCGACGGCGAUUCAGGACCACGCGUACGACGGCUUUGUGGCCAACGUGCGCAUGAACACCAAAGGCGUUCUGAGCACGCGGAGCUUCUUUGACUGGCUCGCCAAGCGAAUUAGCAUGGCCGACGACUUCCACUUCAAGCGGGCGACAGUGCAGCUCGCUGGAAAGACCGACGCGGCGAUGGUCGCCACCGCGGUGCUCGUCAACCACAUUCUAGAGAGCGUCCGGCUCGCUCGCACCAUGGUCGGGCGAUUCGUGCGCUUCGCAGCGCUCGACACCGAGUGCCACGACACCGCAGUGACAGCCGACGUCCGCGAACCGCCGUCGGUGCAUCUGGAGCGCGCCGUGUACAUGUUGUCGUACGUGCAGCUAAAGUACUACCACGCGACCAGUUAG